AUGGCGGCCGCCGCCACCGCCGCCGCAGCAGGGACGGGCCCCGCCUUCACCGCCGCCGUGUCUGGCCGGCGCGGGCGGAGGCCCGUGACGCGGGUGGCGGCUGCCGCCGCCGCGGCGUCGGCGUCGGCGUCGGCACCGGAGGCGGCGACGGCGGCGGCGGCGGCGCCGCCCGCGCCGAUGCUGCGGGUGGCGCCGGAGACGCUGCAGAGGCAGAGCGGGUGCCUCGUGCGGGGGCGCGGGGAGGGGGAUGGGGUGGGGGUCGGGGCGGGGAUGGGAGGGGACGCGGGAGGGCCCGGCGCGAUGGAGUACCUCACGAGCGUGCUCUCGUCCAAGGUGUACGACGUCGCCAUCGAGUCGCCGCUGCAGCUCGCCACCAAGCUCUCCGAGCGCCUCGGCGUCAACAUGUGGAUCAAGCGCGAGGACCUGCAGCCCGUAUUCUCAUUCAAGUUGAGAGGAGCAUACAACAUGAUGGCAAAGCUCUCGCGACAACAGCUGGAGAAGGGUGUGAUCUGCUCUUCUGCCGGAAACCAUGCCCAGGGAGUAGCCCUUUCCGCUCAAAGACUUGAUUGUGAUGCUGUUAUUGUCAUGCCUGUGACAACGCCUGAAAUCAAGUGGCGAUCAGUGGAGAGAUUGGGUGCAACAGUCGUACUCAAAGGGGACUCGUAUGAUGAAGCCCAAUCAUAUGCAAAACAAAGAUGUGAGCAGGAAGGACGCACAUUCAUACCUCCUUUUGACCAUCCUGAUGUUAUAUCUGGACAAGGAACAAUUGGCAUGGAAAUUGUUCGGCAGUUGCAAGGCCCAUUGCAUGCUAUAUUUGUACCUGUUGGGGGAGGUGGAUUAAUUGCUGGAAUUGCUGCAUAUGUAAAAAGGGUCCGCCCAGAGGUGAAAAUAAUUGGGGUGGAGCCCUCAGAUGCAAAUGCAAUGGCAUUGUCCUUAUGCCAUGAUCAAAGGGUCAUGCUGGAGAAUGUUGGUGGGUUUGCUGAUGGUGUGGCUGUCAAAGUUGUAGGGGAGGAAACAUUUCGCUUGUGCCGGGAACUUGUAGAUGGCAUUGUUCUUGUCAGUCGAGAUGCUAUUUGUGCUUCAAUAAAGGAUAUGUUUGAGGAGAAAAGAAGCAUACUUGAACCUGCUGGUGCCCUCGCCUUAGCAGGGGCUGAAGCCUACUGCAAAUAUUAUGGGUUGAAAGGGGAAAAUGUUGUUGCGAUAACUAGUGGAGCAAAUAUGAACUUUGAUCGGCUUAGAUUAGUAACUGAACUAGCUGAUGUUGGUCGAAAACGAGAAGCAGUUCUAGCCACAUUUUUGCCAGAAGAGCAGGGAAGCUUCAAAAAGUUCGCGGAGCUGGUUGGCCCGAUGAAUAUUACUGAAUUCAAAUACAGAUACGACUGCAACACAAAAGAUGCCCUUGUCCUUUACAGUGUUGGCAUCUACACUGACGAUGAGCUUACAGCAAUGGUGGGGCGCAUGGAAUCUUCAAAUUUGAAGACAGUUGACCUUACUGACAAUGAUUUGGCAAAGGAUCAUCUAAGAUACUUUAUUGGUGGCAGGACAGAAGUACGAGAAGAACUUGUUUAUCGGUUUAUAUUCCCGGAAAGGCCUGGUGCACUCAUGAAAUUUUUGGAUGCAUUCAGCCCCCGUUGGAAUAUCAGCCUCUUCCAUUACCGUGCACAGGGUGAAGCUGGAGCGAAUGUUUUAGUUGGCAUACAAGUGCCAUCUGAGGACUUCGAUGAAUUCAAGAGUCGCGCUGACAAUCUUGGGUAUGAGUACAUGUCUGAGCUGAACAAUGAGAUAUACCAUCUCCUCUUGCGUGAUCCAAAGAUGUGAUGCUGCUGACUCAAAUCAAACUGGACCAACUGUUACGUAUUAGGUUCGUUUGCUUCAUCUUUUGGAAUAAAGGCGUCGGCCUAUCAAUUUAUGUAGAAUUUUUAGUGUGCCAUUUGUUGAAUGUGUUCAGUAUGUAAUGCAAUGUAUGUGUUGGCUUGAUUGUCUGUUGUACUCCACCAAUAAUUUGCCGAAUAUUAACAAGUUUGUAGUCACGUAA